AUGCUCUCCUGCCCGAUUCCCGGCGCUCUGAUACCCUUUUUACACCAUCGUGAAGAUUCUCAACAUCGCCUCUCGACUAACACUACUAAUUCAGCCACCUUACUGCCAUCACUGCCAUCAUCCCGGCGCGCGUCUUCUAAUCAGGACUGUAGGAGCGAGCAGGAUUGUGCUAAUCAGCACCAAAGUCAGUGCCAGGAACAAAUCUCUCUGCAAGUGGCUUCACUAAUCAUUCGCCCUGGAGCUGUCUUUGUAUGGGAAGAAAAAGAAGCCGGCAUAAAACGCUGGACAGACCAUGUUCGAUGGAGUCCUUCAAGAGUAUCGGGCGCGUUUUUGGUUUACUCGGAACUUUUUUCUACUGGAACUGGCGACUCAGAUGGUCAUGCUUCGGACCCACUGCUUAAGCAAUCGUUCGCCUCCACUACUGUAGAUGGAGACCGAAUGCAUUUGAUCGCAUAUUAUUCCAAGUCGGCGUUGGACUCGGGUCGGUUACGCACACCGGCUAGGGACGAGAACUUACGGACAAUGGUGGUACCCAAAGGUGUCUACCCAGAUCAUCGAGCAACCGGAGGUGUUGAAGAUCAGGUAUCUCGAGAUUGCCAAAGACCUUGUCUGCUCCCGCACAGUUCUGUCGGCUUCUCAGAAAGUUCUCGCCCCAUUCUGGAUUCCGCGACACCACUCCUUGAUACCCGUCCUCCUCAUCCUGCUACUCUGACAAAGCUGGACCAGGUAUCUGAUGAUCGACCUAACAUGUCUGGAGUAUCACAUCUACACACUCCGCGCUGGCUUCCAGAUUCCAGAGAUGGUAACUAUUUCAAGUACGAAAACCAGCCAACCUGCUACGAUUCAUUUUACUCUCAGUCUCUGGCACCAAGCGGCACCGAGAGUCACGCCCUGCUGGCUGAUCCGAGUCGAUGGAAUGCUUUGUCUACCUGGCAAACGAGCACAGGAAGCUCCACUACGACCCCCGAAACUAUUUCAUACCCCAGUGUGACAACUACUCCUGUCUCAUCUUUACUCGCAAGUCCGAAUUCUUCAAGUAUAUCUGUUUUGGGCAUCUGGCGCGAUGAGCAGGAGCGCGACGCAGCCGAAAAAAGGGCACCUGCACCCGCAACACACUCUUUAGCCACCCAUCCAAGUAUGCUGGGAAGCAGUAAUCAUCAUGGCUACCAUCCGUAUGCAAGAAUCCUAGACCACGAACGUACGGCGAAAGAUCGAUGUACGAAAGAUCAAGAUUCACGCAGGUUUUCAUACGACCCAACGCCGAAAACUCCUCUCCAUCGAAUGUACUCACUAACAACACUGCAUGAUAAAAUGAAUGAUGGUCCGCCUUUGUCAUCAUUAAAUACCCCAAUUCUGAGCACCAUCGAGGGGGCUGAAGAGGAGUGA